CAAGUCCCAGUCCUAUUGGAUCCAGCAUGGAUGGGAGGAUGAAUAAAUAGCGAGAUGCUGGAGAGGAUGAGAUGAGUGGAGGAGCAGCAGAGGAAGUGGGAGGCACAGAUCCUGGUAGCUGCUAAUAACUCACACAAUCUGAAUUCUCUUUUCACUCUCAAGUUUCUCCGUCCUUCUGUGUCCAAGUUUGAUACAUAUCUGCUGCUUUCCAAAGGAGACACAUAUCCUCAAGAUGAUGAUAAUCAUUGCGGAGUUCUUCGUGGUCAUUCUGAAGGUGCUCUGGGCUUUUGUAACAGCCGGAGCUAAGUGGGUUGUACGGCCGAAGGAGAAGAGUGUGGCCGGACAGGUGUGCGUGAUCACCGGGGCUGGAAGCGGCCUCGGCCGGCUCUUCGCCAAGGAGUUCGCCCGGAGACGAGCGAUACUGGUGUUAUGGGACAUAAACAGCCAAAGCAAUGAGGAAACGGCCGAGAUGGUCCGGCAGAUAUACCAUGAACUGGACACUCCCAUAACCAAAGACGGACCUGUUGGAGGCGUUGAGGAGGUUCCUCCUUUCCAGCCGCAGGUCUACACCUAUGUGUGUGAUGUAGGAAAGAGGGAGAGUGUGUAUUCCACAGCUGAGAAGGUGCGUCAAGAGGUGGGAGAUGUGGACAUGUUGAUCAACAAUGCUGGCGUCGUCUCCGGCCAUCACCUUCUGGAGUGCCCUGAUGAGCUGAUCGAGCGAACCAUGGUGGUCAACUGCCAUGCACACUUUUGGACCACCAAGGCGUUUCUCCCCAAGAUGCUGGAGCUGAAUCAUGGUCACAUUGUGACGGUUGCCAGCUCCCUGGGUUUAUUCAGCACAGCUGGAGUGGAGGACUACUGCGCCAGUAAGUUCGGUGCCAUUGGGUUCCACGAGUCACUGAGCCAUGAGCUGAAGGCCUCAGAGAAGGAUGGCAUCAACAUGACUCUGGUGUGCCCUUACCUGGUCGACACAGGAAUGUUCAAAGGCUGCAGGAUAAGGAAGGAGAUUGAGCCUUUCCUGCCUCCCCUGAAGCCAGAGUUCUGUGUGAAACAGGCUAUGAGGGCCAUCCUCACUGACCAGCCCAUGAUCUGUACACCUCGCAUUGUCUAUAUGGUCAACUUCAUGAAAAGCAUCCUGCCCUUCGAGGCCAUUGUGUGCAUGUACCGGUUCCUUGGCGCCGACAAGUGCAUGUACCCCUUCCUAGCUCAGAGAAAGGAGGCCAUGAACAACAAUGAGGCAAAGAAUGGGAUCUAGGGGGUGCUGUUUGUAACACGAACAGAGGCACAUAAACCUGCAAGCAUGAGGAAACAACCACUGAGGAUGAAAAUGGGGAAGAAGGAAGGAAAGAAGAAAAGACUGAAUCUAGACUGGUGCACUUGCAUUGAGCAAAUGCAAAGGUUUACCAUAUUGUUCCUCUGGAACAAAGAAAGCUGUGUACUACACAAAGGAUUUAUUUGACUUUGUUUUGUCUUUUUUUAAGUUUGUUUAAAGAAACCAACAUCUAUAUACUGUGUCACUAGUUUUUUGAAAUCAAACAGAAAAGCUAUCCUAUAAUUAACUAUUUACGUAAUGUAGUCACCAGCCUUAUCUAGUGUCAUUGUGGAAAUAUACAGUAUGUUACUGUACAAACAGUAAAAAAAUGUUUUUCACUUUUAUUUAAUUUUUUGUAGACAUGCACUGUAAUUUCAGAUUUUUCUCUACACUGCCAGCAUUCUCUGUGUAGGAAGGUUCAACGCAGCAUUUUAAACCAUCCAACGUCUCACCAAGCAGAGGCUCCUUUUCAGCAGUCAUGAAAUCGGUUUGCAGCUUAACAAGGCUCCGAUUAUAGCUUGUGCCAUUUAAAAUGAAGCAAGAGAAAUGUCACUAUUAAAGUUUACCAUAUUACGUUGUUGUUAAAUACAUGUAGCAUACACGGUAUGUUGAUAAUGAAGUGUACGCAUUCAGAACGGGACAUUCAAAGGCCAGAUUGUAGCUGAUUUAAAUCUUUACAGGAGUUUCCAGUGAGAUGGGACUCAACAAUGUCCCAUCAUUAACAAUUGUCCUGUUAUUUCAGGUCUGUAUUGACCAACCUCUCAAAUGAAAAAGCAGACGAGGGAGUCGCUGUUCUGGGUUGAACGAGCAUGUGUGACACAUUCAGAAUGUACUGCUUUGUGAGAAACCGAGAGGAAAUAAAUUUCUAUUUCUCUCAUUUGUCUUUAUUUUCAAGAUCUGUGGUGUUUAUAUUGUAAAUUUAUCUGUUACCAAUAUUAUUUGUUUAAAAAAAACAACAUUACUCUAGGCAAACCGCUGUCCCAAUACUGAUGUGUGGUUGAGGGAAAUGUAUUAAAAGACACUAGCUUUCCAUUAUUCUUUCCAAAGUAAAACUUUAACUCUCCUAUCCAUUAUCCACCUUGUCCAGUUAAAGUGAAAUGUAAAUGUUUAAAUGUUGUGAAUACCCCAGUAUCCCAAAUGACUGUCUCCACCAUAUUUGAUGUAUGAAUAUUUUAUAUAAACUUUGGGACGACAAGAGUUUUUGAAUUUCAACUACAUUCCAAUAGGCUUAAUUUCUUCAGUCACAGUGAUGAGCCUAAAUUCUCUACCUCUUAAUUUUUGCCAUUUUUUUUUUUUUUUUUCACAGUAUGACAUAAGCCUUUUUUUUUGUAAUUUUCUGAAGACUGCUCCAUAGCAGAGCAAAUGUGGUUCCAAUGUUUAGUGUCUCUACCUAACUUAAAUUAAUAAAAGUGAUUUAGA